AUGACACACUUCAAUUGAUUGGGAGCUGGCUCGGUGUGUUCUUGAUCUGGCGCUAAGACUCUCAAAAUUGCUUUGGGUACCCAAUUUAGCCUCAGAGAUUCUGCAAUUAAUCUAGACGGCACUUGGCUCCUUAAAGACACUGAAGAUCCAUGCAUCAUUAAUUACCAGCCGCUAAGCGUAUCAAUUAAAAUGGCAACAAGUCCAAGUCCAGUCGCCGUGAUAUCAGGACCACAGACUGCUUCACUUGGAUGCAAUAAUGAUGCAGUUGCUUACUCUGCUGAUAAGUCGACUGGCAACUAUGGAGCCUCUUUGACAUACAAAUGGAGCUCCAUACCGAUAGAUUUGAGUUCACAGGCAACAGGGUUCUCUAUUCGAUCCCUAAAUUUCCUCGCUCAAAAAAACAUCGGAAAUCCUAUUUUUGGGUAAAAAAACCUCCGUUAGUAAAAAAAAAUUUUUAAGUCGUAAUUUAAAUCUUUAGCUAUUUCUGUUGAAUUUUAAAAGCUUGCAAUUUAAAUAAAUUUUGCGAUAAAUAAGAUUUUUAGUUCUGCAAAAAUUUUAUAUAUAAUUUUUUUUUUUUGCAAAAAAUUAUCAUGGGGGAGUAAAUCAAGUUUAUCCUCUUUGACAUCCUUAA